CCGGUAAAAUGUAUGAUUAGCCAUAUUCAUGAACAUCCCGAAAGAUAUAAUUAUUUUGAAAACACUGAAGAUAAUGUACGUCUGGGGGCAAACUGAGAACUUGGAUCAUUUUCUUACCAACCUGAGAUAGCAACAGGAUGACACAGCCAGAAUAGUUAUGGUGAGUCAUGGAGAAUAACCAGGAAACCCAUCCCCCCAAAGGGGAUGGUGACUUUGUUUCUGAUAAAAUAAAUUUUAAAAUAGAAGAGGAAGGUGAUGGAAUUCCGAAUCACAGUUUGGAAAGAGUGGACUUGAAGAUUGAACAAGAGGACAGGAAAGCAGCUGGCAGUGGUGAUGAACAGGCAGAGAUCAGAGAAGCAAGCUACAGCUGUAAGCCCCCGGGGAAGUGUUUCCCUACCGACCACGACCACGAGGACGACUACGGGGCCCUGUUCUCACAGUACAGCAGCACGCUGUACGAUGUUGCCAUGGAAGCUAUGACGCAGAGCCUCCUGUCUAGCCGCAGCAUGAGCUCCAGGAAGAAGUCUCCGGCCUGGAAACAUUUCUUCAUCUCUCCUCGGGACAGCACAAAGGCAGUGUGUGUUUACUGCAUGAAAGAGUUCAGCCGCGGCAAAAACGAGAAGGACCUGAGCACGAGCUGUCUCAUGCGGCACGUGAGGAGGGCGCACCCCACAGCACUCAUCCAGGAGGAAGGCAGUGUGUCUACCCUGGCCUCCCUCUCCUCCCCUGCACUGGUGUUCCCUCCUCAGCCCACACCCCUUGGAGACCAGGGCACCGUACUGUCACCCAUCAAACUUGUCCAGAAAAUAGCCUCCAAGAUCCCGUCUUCUGAGCAAGUGGCAGAGGAAUCUGGAUCUGUCCUAUCUUCUGAAGAGGUCUCCUCUGAUGUGUCCACCUCUGAGAAGUACAGGCAGGAAGAAGCCCUGGUGGAGCCCCCCCAACCCCUCCCCACUGCCCAUUGUGAUGACUCUGCAGAGAGUGGGCCAGAAAAGAGCCUUCCACUUCCAAAGAGCACCUCUGGAUCGCGAAGGUGGUCUGCGGUCUGGAAGCACUUCUACCUGUCCCCUCUGGACAGCUCCAAGGCCGUGUGCAUUCACUGCAUGAGUGAGUUCAGCAGAGGGAAAAACGGGAAGGACCUGGGUACCAGCUGCCUCAUCCGGCACAUGUGGCGGGCACACCGCGCCAUCGUGCUGCAGGAGAAGAGCAGGGGAGCAUCCAUGCCCCCUCCCUACUCCACGCCCCCAACACUGCUGCCUGCCCUCCUGCCUCCUGAGAGAGAUCCAAGCUUGGUGUCCUCAUCGCCAGGCAAUGAGGUACAAGAGUUCCCCUUGGCGUCCUCCUCCCCUGACCAGCUGACUGAGCACCUGCAAGCACGCCUGAAGCCUGGGGAUUCGCCGAUGGAAGAUGCAUCAGUGCUGUCAUCCUCUGAUGAUGUGGGCGAGGCCUCGUUGGUGUCCUCCCCUGAGAAGCAGCAGGGUGAUGGGUCGAGCCCUCACAUGGUCGAGUCUGGUGCUGUAUUCCAACAGAAUCAAAAGGUGAUGAAGAGACUGAAGUCGGAGGUCUGGCAUCACUUUUCCCUCGCCCCCAUGGACAGUCUGAAGGCGGUGUGCAGACACUGCGGCUGUGUCAUCAGUCGAGGAAAGAAGGGUGACGUGGGCACCAGCUGUCUGAUGAGACAUCUCUACAGGCGCCACCCAGAAGUUGUUGGGAACCAAAAGGGCUUCCUGGGGGCUAGUUUGGCAAAUCCUCCAUACAACACCUUGGCAUCCACAGAAACGUCCUCCAAAUUAACUGACCUUCCCACGGUGGUUACCAAAAGCAGUCCAGUUCUGUUUCCCGUUCACAGCAAAAAGACCUCCAAGCUGUGGAAUCACUUUUCUGUCUGCUCUGCAGACCCCACUAAAGUCGUGUGCUUGCACUGUGGCCGGACGAUAAGCAGGGGCAAGAAGCCGACUAACCUGGGCACCAGCUGUCUUCUGAGGCAUCUGCAAAGGUUCCACGGCAGCGUGCUGAAGACCGAUGUGCCCAAGACCAUGCUGCCGUCUUCUCCAGGCGUCAGCGUGCCCCUGAGUGCAGGAUUGUCAGGAGCUUCCUCCUUUGACGACACUGAUGAGAAGUUGUAUGAUUCUCAUCCAGUUGCCAAAAAGAUAACAAGUCUCAUAGCUGAAAUGAUUGCACUUGACCUUCAGCCAUAUUCUUUUGUUGAUAAUGUUGGCUUUAACCGGCUGCUCGAAUACUUGAAACCUCAGUACUCUUUGCCCUCCCCUUCCUACUUUUCCAGGACAGCUAUCCCCGGAAUGUAUGAUAAUGUGAAACAGAUCAUCAUGUCACACCUUAAGGAGGCGGAGAGUGGUGUGGUCCACUUCACGUCUGGAAUAUGGAUGAGUAACCAGACCCGGGAGUACCUGACACUCACUGCUCACUGGGUCACCUUUGAGUCGUCGGUCCGACCUCACUGUGAGGACCACCACUGCUCAGCACUGUUAGACGUGUCACAGAUUGACUGCGACUAUAGCGGCAACAGCAUUCAGAAGCAGCUGGAAUGUUGGUGGGAGGCCUGGGUGACAUCCACUGGCCUUCAGGUUGGCAUUACAGUGACUGACAAUCCCAGCAUAGGAAAGACGCUGAAUGAAGGGGAGCACUCCAGCGUGCAGUGCUUCAGUCACACGGUGAACCUCAUUGUCAACGAGGCCAUUAAAAGCCAGAGAAUGGUGCAGAAUUUACUCAGCAUUGCUCGGAAGAUAUGUGAGCGGGUGCUGCGCUCACAUGCAGCAAAAGAGAAACUGGCAGAGCUGCAGAAGGAGUAUGAAUUGCCGCCCCACCAUCUUAUUCAGGACGUCCCGUCCAAAUGGAACACGUCGUUCCAUAUGCUCGAGCGGCUCAUUGAGCAGAAGAGAGCCAUUAACGAGAUGUCCAUCGAGUGUAACUUCAGAGAACUGAUCAGUUGCGACCAGUGGGAGGUCAUGAAGUCUGUGUGUCAUGCGCUGAAGCCCUUUGACGCUGCGAGUCGGGAGAUGAGCAGCCACAUGUCUACCCUCAGCCAGGUCAUCCCCAUGAUCCACAUUCUGAACAGAAAAGUCGAGAUGCUGUUUGAGGAGACCAUGGGCAUCGACACCAUGCUGAAGUCUCUGAAGGAAGCCAUGGUGAGCCGACUGUCCGCCACCCUCCACGAUCCCAGGUACAUCUUUGCCACACUGUUGGACCCUCGUUACAAAGCCUCCCUGUUCUCCGAGGAGGAGGCGGAGCAGUACAAGCAGGAUUUAAUCAGGGAACUAGAAAUGCAGAAUUCUACCUCAGAGGACAUACCUGUCUCCAAUGGGUGUGCUCCAGGCUCCCCAUCGAGAGACUGCAGUGGGGACGAGAGCCUGUGGUCACUCAUGGCCAAGAUAAAAAAGAAAGGCCCGAGAGAGAAGAUGAAGGUGCCUGAGGCCAUGGUGCUGUCUUACCUGGAGGAGGAGGUGCUUGAACACAGCUGUGACCCGCUCACCUACUGGAACCUGAAGAAGUCUGCCUGGCCGGGACUCUCAGCCCUGGCCGUCAGGUUUCUGGGUUGUCCCCCGAGCAUUGUCCCUUCAGAAAGGCUGUUCAGCACACCCACUGAGAACGGUAGCUUUGGCCAGUCCAGGCUCAUGAUGGAACAUUUUGAAAAACUUAUCUUUUUGAAAGUGAAUCUUCCAUUAAUAUAUUUUCAGUAUUGAAAUCACAAUGGAGCCACCAGGCUAAAGAUGUUGUUGCUCUUUAGGCACCAGCUGUUUGUCACAGGCUGUUGGUUGGCACCAGUCGGUGCCAAGGAGGACAUCAGACCAGGCACUCUCAGGUCCACACUGAGUUUCUCUUGCAGUCUCACCGUAAUGUCUAUAUGUGCCUUACUCCUAGUCCUUCAAGCCAGGUACCGCAGUGUGUUUUUUUCAAAGCCACUAGAAAUAGCCUGUCUUGUCAAUUAUGAAAUAUGGUGUUUAGGUUUUAAUCCAUAACUGUAAUGGUUUUUAAAAGCUGGGGGUUAGUUAGUUGUUUUACUAGAAAGACAGAAGAUGUAAACAGUUUUAUUCCACAGGCUUUUUAUUCAGUUACAUAAGAACAACAAAUCAGGUACUGUAUUUUAGUUAAAAAUUGCAUUAAUUGCAACAAAGCAGCCUUUGUGGCUGUCAGAUAAAAUGUGGAAAUAGAUGGAGUAGAAGCCAUCCUGACUGAGUGGUUUUUACUUGCAUCUCUAACAUAAUGUGAGGAGUGCAGAGAAUAUUGUGGAAGAUACUGUUCACUACAACAGAGAUGUGGCAUUUGAAGACAAAACUAAACUUAAAUGUAUCAUGGAAUGUCAGUUACAUAGUGGUUGUAAGAACUUCCCCAUGUUCUGUUUUUGUGUUGAGGUUUCACCUGGUCAGUUACAUCAGAGACAUCCUGACUCUAUAACGUGCUCCUUGCUGCCUGUUGUCCAACACGUUUACAGCCGUUCUGGUGAUUGAACCUCCAAGCCUCUUAGUGUGUCUACUUUGAAACUAUAGACUUCAAAAUAGUGUUUCUAUUUUGAAAUGUGUGUAGUGCCCCCCAAAUUGAUCAAAUCACGUGUAAAAUUCUUUUUAGAGGAGGUGAUUUAUUAACAGGGAAGAAGACUGUUAUAGUACAGUUGUAAGAGUAGCCUUCGGUGUUUUUUGACAAUACGGAAGACUCAGUCAUCACGGGUAUUUUAGAAUCCCAGGGACAUCAGAAUGAAAUGCCAGUUGUCAGAUUCUUUUAACAAUAUGUCCUCAGAGUUUUUGCUUCAACAUGUAGAAAAGGAUUCCUUUUCUUAUUUCAUACCAAUUAAAUAUGCUGGGUGAAACAAGUCACUCAUUGCCUGUGCCCUUUUAGAAAAGUUGUUUCCUCAAAAUACUGUACCUGUUAUUAAUCUCACUUUGCAUUGACUAUGUUUUGGUAUAUUUAUAAAUGGGGAACUCAGUUUCUGAAAUUAAACUUUUUAUUUGCAAUUUUC